CAAAUUGCAGACGCUGAAGCUAAGGCUUGUCGUCUUUUGCUCCCUCUCCACCCAUCAUCCUAGAAAGUAGAAAGAACCAAAAUUCUUCACAAAACCCUCCAUAUCUCAUGGUGAUUCAAGCUCUUCCAUCAUUUCUUUGAGAGCCCCAGAAAUUGUGUGACAUAGAAUAUGCCAUGGAGGCCCUGAAUGCAGCAAGCUUGACUCCCUUGUCUGUUCUUUGUGACAAAAAAAAAGAACCCAGAAAAAUCACAUCUCCCCCUACAACUUUUCCACUUAAGUUCUCAAAUUCUGCUACUUUUAAUACCACCCCAUCAACUUUACAAGAAUGUUUAUCAAGGGGUUUUCAAGGGGGUCUAGUCCUUUUAUCUUCAGCUUUCAGUACUGGGCUUGCCAGAGCUUUAUCCUAUGAGGAAGCACUUAAACAGUCUGGGAAUGCCGCAGCUGGGGACUUUGAUGCAAGUGGGGUUCUUGAUAGUGUUUUAAAUUUUGGAACAGAAAAUCCUGCAGUUAUAGCGGGUGGCGCCGCCAUUCUGGUGGUUCCGGUGGUAUUAUCUCAAGUUCUGAAGAAGUCUAAACCAUGGGGCAUUGAGUCUGCAAAAAGUGCUUAUGCAAAAUUAGGUGAUGAUGCGAAUGCUCAGUUGCUUGAUAUAAGAGCACCAGUGGAAUUUAGGCAAGUGGGUAGCCCAGAUAUCCGGGAUUUGAGGAAGAAACCGGUGUCUAUUGUUUAUAGAGGGGAAGAGAAGCCUGGGUUCUUAAAGAAGCUUUCUUUAAAGUUCAAGGAACCAGAAAAUACUACACUGUUCAUUUUAGACAAAUUUGAUGGAACUUCUGAACUGGUUGCGGAGUUGGUCACUGUAAAUGGAUUCAAAGCUGCGUAUGCAAUAAAAGAUGGAGCAGAAGGACCCCAAGGAUGGAUGAAUAGCGGUCUUCCUUGGGUACCACCAAGAAAAGCAUUGAGUCUUGAUCUUAGCAAUUUGACAGAUGCUAUUGGUGGUGCAAUUGGAGAGGGUGCAGAUGCCGUGUCUCUUACCCUUGGGAUUGCUGCAGCCGCUGGAUUAGGUUUAUUGGCUUUUUCAGAGAUAGAAACAAUACUCCAAAUAUUAGGCUCAGCCGCAUUUGUUCAGUUUGCAAGUAAGAAACUCCUAUUUGCUGAGGAUCGAAAGGAAACUCUCCAACAAGUGGAUGAAUUCUUGAACACAAAGGUUGCCCCUAAAGAGCUUGCUGAUGAUAUAAAGCAAAUUGGAAAGGCUAUUCUACCAUUAACUGUGACUAGCAAAGCUCUUCCUGCACCUACUGAGGCAAUCCCAGAGCCCGCUACUACUGAUAAUACUAUACAAAAAGCAGAAGCAGCUCCAGAGCCAAAUGUAGAAACAGCUGGACAAUCCAGUCCUGAGAUAAACUCAGUGCCCAAAACUGAAGUUAAAGCAGAAUCACUUCAUGGAUUUUCAAAAUCACUUUCUCCAUAUCCAUAUUAUCCGGAUUUGAAGCCUCCAACAUCUCCUACACCAUCGCAGCCCUAGAGUUGUAAUUGCAUAUCCCAUUGUAUUUCUAUAACAGAGCUGUUUGGAGAGGGAUUUGCAGGUGAUUUUUGCAAAUUAUGCUGGUCUUAUAUAAAACCUUUCAGCCUAGAUGACAUCUUGGACUGAAUACAAACUUGUUCUGGAUUUUUGUAAUAGAAGCCUACCACGACCACUUUCUUUGUGUUUCUUAUGAUAUUUUAUGUACCAUUGGGUCUCUUUUUGUAUGGGAUUUAUGUAUUACCACUAUUUGGAUUAGCAUAAUAAUAUUUCUUUCAGAAUUUGAGUAAGCAA